AUGGAGGAGGGAGGCUUCCAGUUCCAGCCCGGCAUCUCUGUGACUGUGAGGUUCAUGGCGUCGCCGGAGAGCCCAGACAUCGACUGGGACGGCCUGGACCAGCUGCUUCUCCGCGGGGACAUCUCGUGCCCUGAAUUGGCGAUCGAUGCGUCAAGCUCCCCCAACUUCUUUGCUUCUCCUUCCACAGUUCCCUCAGACGCCACAAACACCUUGUUGAGUCAACCAAACACUUGCUCGAGUCAACCCGGUGCCGGUGUGGCCGCACACACCAUGCCGUCCAAAGGUGCGAUGGUUGGUUUGGAUUCAGAUCUUCUGGAGCAGCUGCUUCCUCCCGGCCACAACCCCUGGCCUGAAUUGGCGGCUAACUAUUCAAUCUCAUCCAGUUCCUUUGCUUCUCCCUCCACCUUCCUCUUAGAUGCCACAACCAAAUGGGGGACGCCUGCAGGUACAAACACUUGCUUGAUCCAGCCCAGCUGUAUCCCCGUGCCGCGCGCCACCUUGUCCCAAGGUGCGGCCGUCGACUUGGAGCAGCCGCUCUCUCUAUCCGGCGACAACCCCUGGCUUGAAGUGGCCCCCAACACUUCAAGAUCUCCCAACUUCUUCGCUACUCCCUCCAUCUUCCCCUCGAAUGCCAAAUCCACCACGGCCUCCGUCCGGGAACGGCUUACGCAAGCACUAUUCUACAUUGCGGAGUUGCAAAGAGACAAACAUGUGCUUGUCCAGGUAUGGGUGCCGGUCAAGAGUUCUGACGGUCAGUUGGUGCUGACGACGAGCGGGCAGCCAUUCACCCUCGACAGGAGCUCGGAGAGGCUCGUCCACUUCAGGAACGUAUCGACGCGUUUCCAGUUCUCUGCAGAUGUUGCGUCGGAGGGCUCACCUGUGGGGCUCCCAGGGAGGGUCUUCAUCGGCAAGCUCCCCGAGUGGUCUCCAGACAUUCGGUACUUCACCAGCUAUGAGUAUCCUAUGGUGAAUCAUGCGCAAUAUUUGGACGUCCAUGGGACGAUGGGGCUGCCGGUGUUCGAGAAGGGGAACUCCUCGUGCUUGGGUGUCAUUGAGUUGAUCAUGACCAGGCAGAAGCUCAAUUUCACCUCCGAGAUCAAUUACAUCUGCAGUGCUCUCCAGGCAGUUAACCUGAGGUCCACUGAAGUUUCAAGCAUUCCACACACAACAAAGUUCAAUAGUGCCUCAUACAAAGACGCUCUACCGGAGAUAUUGGAAGUCUUAAGGGCCGCCUGCGUCACCCACAAUCUACCAUUAGCACAAACAUGGGCCACCUGUGCUCAACAAUGGAAACGGGCCAGUCGCCACUCAGAUGAGAACUACCAGCACUGCAUCUCUACCAUUGACGCAGCUUGCUACGUGAACGACCCUCAGAUGCAGAAUUUCCAUGAUUCCUGCUCCGAUCACCACCUUCUGCGCAAGCAAGGGGUUGCAGGGAAAGCCUUCACCACAAACCAGCCGUGCUUCCUACCAGACAUUGGAUCUUCAGCUAAACUGGAUUACCCAUUAUCUCACCAUGCUAAGAUCUUCAAUUUAAAAGGUGCAGUGGCGAUCCGGUUAAGAUGCACACGCACUGGGACGGCGGACUUCGUGCUGGAGUUCUUCCUGCCGACGGACUGUGGAGCACUCGAGGAGCAGAAGGCAGUGUUGGACUCCUUGUCGGGAACCAUGCAAAAUGUUUGCCGAACACUACGCACGGUUACAGACAAGGAGGUGGAGGACGACACGGUGAAGCCCAACUCGUUUGAUCUUCAGAAGAACAAGAAGGCGAAUAAAAGAAAACCGAUGGCACCAAGAUCAACCGUGUGGAAAAGCUUUACAAAGGUCAUGGUUGGAGAUACUGUCAAGGCUAAGUGCGACUACUGUGGUGAAAACUAUUGCUGUGAAUCAAAAAACGGUACAUCCUCAUUGAUAUCUCACUUGAAAAGGUGCAAAAUUAAUCCCAAUAAGCAAAGUACUAGUACUUUGCAUAUGCAAACAGAGGGGUAG